CUAAUAAAUAAAAUCUGAUCCUCCCCAGAAAGAAAAGAAAAAGAAUAAAAUUGUUCCUUCUUAUCACAAACACAGAACAAAAGCUCUCUCUGCUAAAACAAAACGAAGAAACCCUAGAUACAAACUCUCAAAGAAGAAGAAAGAUGUCAGGAUUCACACAAGAUUGGGAACCAGUUGUGAUCCGUAAGAAAGCACCAACAUCCGCUGCUAAGAAAGAUGAGAAAGCUGUGAACGCUGCCAGACGUGCCGGUGCAGAGAUUGAAACUGUUAAGAAAUCUACUGCGGGAACAAAUAAAGCUGCCUCCAGCGGAACUUCAUUGAACACGAGGAAACUUGAUGAAGAAACAGACGUUCUUGCGCAUGAAAGAGUACCAUCUGAACUAAAGAAAAACAUCAUGCAGGCUCGUUUGGACAAGAAAAUGACUCAAUCUCAACUUGCACAGCUGAUCAAUGAGAAGCCACAAAUUGUCCAGGAGUAUGAAUCUGGGAAGGCCAUACCAAACCAACAGAUAAUUACAAAGCUGGAAAGGGUUCUUGGUGUGAAGCUCCGAGGAAAGAAGUAAAACAAAAUCCGCAGUGAAGAAGGAUACUGAAAGUCUUCAGUAGGGUUCUCUGUUGCUAUUAUUACUAAUAUGAAACGAAUUUAGUUUUCAGUAUCCAUGAAUUUGAAAAAACCCCUAAAAAGUGGGCGAUGAUGUUAAUCCUGUGUUUUAUGGAGUAAAGCAGUCUUUUGGGCAGGAUUCUAAAGAAGAAUGACGUGUGCUGUUUAUACUGUGCCUUACUCUUCAUCAUUCUAGUGAUGUGUUUUUACGGCUUUCCACUUCUGCAAUGUGUUCAUCUUAUUUUAUAAUCUGGUUAGUUGAAA